UCCGAUAAUCUGGAAGGCAGAGAUAAGGAACACCAUUUAUUCCGCGGCACUUUGGAAACAAUUCCCAGCCCUGUACAACCCCAUUCUCGGGUAGCCUCCGGGAGCCGGGCAGAUAACGAUUGGCUAUUCAUUAUCUUCUCCGGGAACAAAGAUUAGCCGGCCGAGAUGAAAAAUUACCCCGGACAGCGGCGCAGCCCCGCGCAGACCCCCCUGCCUGCCGCCGCCGCCCGCCCCUCGGUCCCCGCCCGGCUCACGGGCUCGGCGCUCACGCCCUGCCCGGCCUGCGCCCGGCCCUCGGCCUCCCUGCGCGCCUUCGCGCUCCAUGGCAGAGCCGCGUCUGACUCUUCAUCUUGGUCUGUCUGUCCGGCCCAGCCAGCCUUUCCUCCGUGUCCCCACUGUUCUCUCGCUCUCUUUGGGGCCCUUUUCACUUGGCUCUCUUUCGGCUGCACCUCUCUACGCCUUCUCCCUUCCCAUCUCUGUCUUCUAGUCUUCCUUUCCUCUCUUCUAACACUUACUUUACUUUUAUUCCCACCUCUAAUGACCCUUUUGCCACUUUUUAGUUACGUUUCUGUCUGUUCCUGAGUGUCCCCAACCCUGUGCCUCAGACCUUCAUUGCUUUUUAAAAUCUGUCCUUGGGGCUCCUGGUUUCUUGCCCCUCCCUGUCUCUCCAUCCAGCCUACCCCAGAGGGCCCUCAUCUCCAGGCCUCUCACCUCCUGCCCUCUCAAGGCUGUACACCUGGCCACAGACCAUAGACUGGGAGGUUUCAGCCGGCUCUAACCUGGCUAGCCAGCUCAGUCUAGUGGGCAGGUAGCAGGUGGGGUGGGAGGUGCAAGGUUUGGAAGCCCCCUCUAGGGAAACAGAACAGAACUAGAAAAGGUCCUGGAGACACUCAGACUCUGCCUGCCUCAGGGGGGGUUCUCCCAUGCUCCAGGACUGGCCUGCCCACACUCCUCCCCAGGAAGGUCAGGGAGCCUUGGAAUGGGGUGGUCUCAGUGAGGCCACCUCAUUAGAGCAGUUACUCAUCGUGGUGCUGGCAAGGGCAGAUAAGCCUUAUCAGCUCAUCUUCCCCUCCUACAGACAGAAAGUGCCCAAGCAAAUGGUACCCCAGAGCUCCACUGGCGGCCUGCCCUGCUGGUUAGGGUGGGGGAUCCAAGUGAAGGCACAGACUGUGUCACCCAGUGACACACUCUUCCACAGAGCACAGACGCAGGGUGGCACGGGGCAAGGAAACACACAUUUUGAAGAUAAAGACAUAUAUACAGAUGCCCACACUCCAGGUAUAGGGAAAGAAACACCCGCCCUGACACACGUCAAUUCACAUGGAGCAACACACGGACAUGCACAUGCUCGGACACAUGUCUCUCUCCCGACCAUCAGUUCAGAGACACAGUGCUACACGCUACAUUGAUAAAGACAGGCAGAAAGGCAGACACCCCCUGAAGGCACCUCCAGACAGACAGGCGGACACCAGCCGAAGGCACCUCCAGACAGACAGGCAGACACCCCCUGAAGGCACCUCCAGACAGACAGGUGGACACCAGCCGAAGGCACCUCCAGACAGACAGGCGGACACCAGCCGAAGGCACCUCCAGACAGACAGGUGGACACCAGCCAAAGGCACCUCCAGACAGACAGGCAGACACCAGCAGAAGGCAUGUCCAGAUAAACAGACACAAACACUCCCUCCCCAUAGCCAGCAAUAAAUAAGCAGAAUUAUACGCGGACAUCCAGACUAAUUAUAACACAUGUCGCUCUCUCACACACACACAAAGUUCAAAGACACGGAUACCUAGGCACACACUAUUAAAGACACACAGUAACACAUACCCAGAUGCACACACAUGCACACCCCAAACAAACCAAUCCACAGGCACAGAUAGAUACGCACUCACUACACACACCAGGACACACACUAACCUACAAACAUUUGGAAAUACCCACUCCCCAUCACAUAAUUCACAGACUGAUCAUCCCAUAGAUACCCAACCACAGGGACCCUCUCUCCUGCAUGCACUUUUGGGGUCAUGUCUGAAGUAGCCACACUGUGUCCUAUGGCACGAUGCAUAAACUCUCAGGGACCCACAAGGAAAAGUGGACAUACUAGUUUACUCAGUUUGCAGAUACUCCUGGGUGCUCACAAAUGCAAUGCAGUCACCACUAGUCUGGGGACCCAUAAAGAUGCAAGACAGACCUACUCCCUUUCUGGAACACACCUGAGUACAGACUUUUAAUGCAGAGCAUUUUCUCUUUGGGCCCAGGCCACUUUAACUCUCCCUGAUCUGUUGCACCAGGACUUGGGGUGAGGGGGGUGGGGGAAACUGGCCCGUUACCUUACUUGAUAGGAAGUUUGGUUGUACAAGGACUGUAUUCUCCUAGCUCAUAAACCCAGGAACCUUCUCCGGGUUUGGACUCCUUCACAACCCCUUCCCUUUGCUUCUAAGAACAGUGCCUCCUGCUCCCUGGCUGUGGGGGUCCGCCUGGGAUGGGCCAGAGAGACCCCAGAAACUGAACUCCUCAGUGAGGCUGCUCUGGAAUUGGGGAUUGGAGUGGGGGUGGGGCGGGAAGGAGGGAUGCGUCCGCACUUAGCCAAACCAGCCUGGAAGUGAGGGAGCUGUGUGCCAGAGUGUGGAGCUCCACUCAGGAGGGUAGAUGUAUGUGUGGUGUGACUCCGACGGCCUGUGUGCGGAUGUGCACAAAACCACAGUGCACAGAGGUGUGUGUGUGUGCCUGUGAACACGACUGCCAGUGGGUUGAAGGAGCUGCUGGCGUCUGAGUGCGUGUGUCCACGGCUCCUGAGCUUCCCCGGGGAGAGUCUCAGAAGAGAGACAUCUCAGGCAUUCUGAGCGUGCAUCCCAGGGACGAGGGGCGCGCGUGUGUAAGCCCCUGGAAGGGCGGGAGUGGCCUGGAGUGUGGACGAGCAGGGCGUGCGCGCCCGAGCGCUUAGCGGCCCUUAGUCGGCCUGCUGGGCGGCUGAACCGGGUAGACGGGGCGCAGAGACCCAGGCACCCUCCUGCCCUCCCCCUGCGGCGCUCCCGCCCCCUCAAAGUGAUGUCGAAAUAAAAAGCAGCCGCGCUGCGGCCGGUGGGGGAGGGAGAGGCCGCGAGCACCACCGAGGUAGCUAGGCCGGGGCCGCGGGGGCUCGCCGCUCAAGUCUCUAUCUCUUGGCUGCUGUCACCUCCUCCCUAGCCGGCCCCGUCGCCCACCAGGCGGACAGAAGCCGCAGGCUGAGCACCAUGCGGCCGCUCCGUGCGGCGGCCGGGCCCUGCUGGUGAGGGCCGCCUACCCGCGCCUGGGGUCCCGCUAACCACACACCUCACCGCGCUCCCAGCUCCGAGGCGGCCCGUCCGCCCGGGGGCGCCGCCCACUGCGCCUCUCCAGGUGGGCUUUAGAACCUGGUAAGGAGAAACAUCCCAGAAGCUCCUCAGUCCUGACAGGAUCCCUCAAAAUUUAUUGGCAGUUUGAAGCUGGGAGCCUCUCCUCUGGGAAUUAAAUCUCUAUGGAAGGCAACACUUAAGCAAAGGGGUUUCAUUGAUGCCUCCCUCCCAGCCCCAAACUGCAGGCCACAUAGCUGCCAAUAGUAAAAGGUUCGCUGCGGUCUCGGCCCAUAUCCCCAGCCGCGGCCAUUGGCCAUGGAGGUGGCACCGGAGCAGCCGCGUUGGAUGGCGCACCCCGCGGUGCUGAAUGCGCAGCACCCCGACUCGCACCACCCCAGCCUGGCGCACAACUACAUGGAGCCCGCUCAGCUGCUGCCUCCCGACGAGGUGGACGUCUUCUUCAACCACCUUGACUCGCAGGGCAACCCCUACUAUGCCAACCCAGCCCACGCACGGGCGCGCGUCUCCUACAGCCCGGCGCAUGCCCGCCUGACUGGAGGACAGAUGUGCCGCCCACACUUGUUGCACAGCCCUGGUUUGCCCUGGCUGGACGGGGGCAAAGCGGCCCUCUCUGCAGCUGCUGCACACCACCACAACCCCUGGACCGUGAGCCCUUUCUCCAAGACGCCUCUGCACCCCUCCGCUGCUGGAGGCCCUGGAGGCCCGCUCUCUGUAUACCCAGGGGCCGGGGGUGGGAGUGGGGGAGGCAGCGGGAGCUCAGUGGCCUCCCUUACCCCCACUGCAGCCCAUUCUGGCUCCCACCUCUUCGGCUUCCCACCCACACCACCCAAAGAAGUGUCUCCAGACCCCAGCACCACAGGGGCUGCCUCCCCAGCCUCCUCUUCUGCAGGGGGUAGUGCAGCCCGAGGGGAGGACAAGGAUGGUGUCAAGUACCAGGUGUCACUGACGGAGAGCAUGAAGAUGGAAAGUGGCAGUCCCCUGCGCCCAGGCCUAGCUGCCAUGGGCACCCAGCCUGCCACACACCACCCCAUCCCCACCUACCCCUCCUAUGUACCGACUGCUGCCCACGACUAUGGCAGUGGACUCUUCCACCCUGGAGGCUUCCUGGGUGGCCCAGCCUCCAGCUUCACCCCUAAGCAGCGCAGCAAGGCACGUUCCUGCUCAGAAGGCCGGGAGUGUGUCAACUGUGGGGCCACAGCCACCCCUCUCUGGCGGCGGGACGGCACCGGCCACUACCUGUGUAACGCCUGUGGCCUCUACCACAAGAUGAACGGGCAGAACCGGCCGCUCAUUAAGCCCAAGCGGAGACUGUCCGCCGCCAGAAGAGCUGGCACCUGUUGUGCGAAUUGUCAGACGACAACCACCACCUUAUGGCGCCGGAACGCCAAUGGGGACCCUGUCUGCAAUGCCUGUGGCCUCUACUACAAGCUGCACAAUGUUAACAGGCCUCUGACCAUGAAGAAGGAAGGCAUCCAGACCCGGAACCGGAAGAUGUCCAGUAAGUCCAAGAAGAGCAAGAAGGGGCCAGAGUGCUUCGAGGAGCUGUCCAAGUGCAUGCAGGAGAAGUCUGCCCCCUUCAGCGCCGCCGCCCUGGCCGGACACAUGGCACCUGUGGGCCACCUCCCACCCUUCAGCCACUCAGGACACAUCUUGCCCACCCCGACGCCCAUCCACCCUUCUUCCAGCCUCUCCUUCGGCCACCCUCACCCAUCCAGCAUGGUGACCGCCAUGGGCUAGGGACAGCCUUCCACGGAACAGUCAGACGGAUAUCGAGGAGGGCAGCUGGUGGAGCCAGGCCUGACACUCCCAACACGGGUGGACCAAACCUUUAGCUGCACACCCUUCCCAAAGACUGACAUCACUCCUGUCAGCCCUGCCAGAGCCAGCGCCUCCUCUUCUGGGAGGCCGCCUCAUCAGCCUGCCGACAGUUACUGUGAAUAUCCCUAACUGGGCCGAGAGGCUGCCUUCUCACCUACUGCUGGCCAGGUGGGGUUCUUUCAUGGACAGUUGUUUGGAAAGCGAAAAGGACAACUUUAUGAAGAGAAAAGGAGGGGACAGAGGACAGACGAAGGCAACCGUUGUUCGAAGGCAAAAGGAGUAGGCAAAAAAAUAAUUUAUUCUGCUCUUCUUUCUAAUAAGGACUUGGAGACUUGGAGGUCUGAGCUGUCCUGAGUUCUCCUGGUUCUUCCUUGGGCCUGAUUGCCACUUGGUCAGUCUGCUGACCAGGGCUCUGGGGGGCGGAUCUGGGGGACCUCAGCCCGCACCCCUUUUCCUCUGGCUUUCCUCUCUGAAACAGCUGAACUGCAGGCUGUGCUGAGCCAAGGCCAGAGGGGCCUGAAGCCUGGGGAGGGUGAGCUGGUGCCUGCCCUGAUGGGCUGGGCCCUGGAGGGCAGAGACAAUCAUGGGCAGUCCUGCGCAGAUUCCCAGGCCAGGGCUGGGUCACAGGAAGGAAACAACAUUUUCUUGAAAGGGGAAACGUCUCCCAGAUUGCUCCCUUGGCUUUGUGGCUGAAGCUUGUAUGACUGUGUCCCCUUAACUGACCUAAGCCACAGCCUGUCUUUGCCAGGUGGACCCCUGUAAAUACAUCCUUUUUCUGCUUACCCGGCACCUCCUCCCCUCCCACUCUGAGAUAAAAGAAAAAAUACUAAAAACAAAGUGAAACAACUGCAUAAGUUUAACUCACCGAUGAGUUAGUUGUUUUAUUUUUAAGCUCUUUUUGGUUCCAGUCAAUUGUAUGUUACCACGAAAGCUCUGCUACGUACGGAAAGGAAUAAAACCUACAAACCGAGGUUGGAACUUUGCAAUUAUUUGUGGAAAAGUUCCUGGAUAUCACAGCCCCAAAAAACGAAAGCUGGAGGCCGAGGAGGGGCCUCUGCUGCUCUGCGUUUUCAGGGGCUGGUUGGGUUUGCUGGCCUGGCAGGAGCUGGGGCCGGUCAGGACAGGGCUGAGGGAGAGGCCCUGUGCCUGCUGGAGUCCCUGAGUCUGCUUUACUGUGGCUGUCUGGAUCCUUCCCAAGGUACAGCUGUACAUAAAUGAGUCCUGAGCUUAGAUUCUGUAUGCGGUGAUGGCGGAGUGCGGUGGCCGGCGGGGGCGGGGGGCCCUGGCCUGGGAAGAAGAUUGUGCUGAUGUAGUCGACCAAGUGCAAUAUGGGCAGACGAUCACUGCGGGGAGCACCACAGGCAGAAGUAACUUAUUUUGUACUAGUAUCUGCAUAAAAAAAAGAAUUGGCAGUAUUUUCUGUUUUUAUGUUUUAUUUGGCUUGUUUUAUUUUGGAUUAGUGAACUAAGUUAUUGUUAAUUAUGUACAACAUUUAUAUAUUGUCUGUAAAAAUUGUAUGUUAUCCUCCUAUUCCUUUAAAGUGAAUACUGUUAAGAAUAAUAAAAUACUUUUUGUGAA